GGGCAAGCCAAGUUGCACCGAGCCUGCAAUGCGGGCGAUCUGGAGCAGGUCAUUUCGCUGUUGAAUCAGGGAUCAGACAUCAACAUGAAAGACAAUGCUGGCUGGACACCGCUGCAUGAGGCGGCACUUGAAGGCCACGGACCUGUUGUUGUUGCUCUGCUACGCCGAGGAGCAGACUAUGCGGUGCAAGGGUUCGGCGGGGACACGCCAUUACAUGACGCCUGUGCGAACGGCCAUGUUGAUGUGGUGCGCAGUCUGUUAACAAUCGGCGCGGACCCGAUGCUCAAAAACUCGAAGGGAGUCACACCUAUAGACAUG